AAAAGAUUCUGUAAAGUCACGGUAUGGAUAAGAUGUUUCACAUUGUUGUCUUUGACAAGACAAAUGAGGUUGAAGUUGUGCCUUCAGUCUGGAUUAAAAAUGGAGAGUGCAUGUGGCCUCCAAAUAAGAUAGAUAUAACAAAAGCUGUGAAAUCACAGGAGAGUCCUGGAGAUGACUGGAAGCCCCAUAAGGCCAGAAUUAUUUUCACGUCACAUGACUAUAAGGAAGCUAGACGUAAACUACCUCUUGCUGUUGAUCACACAGACAUUGAUCAGACCGAUGGAGGAGACUCACCAAUUACAUUUCAAAGAAAAAGAAUACCCAAGAACAUUCUUUUCCCUGGAGAAGACGACGACGAUGAUAAUGCGAUGGAAGAGCACCUGAAAGAACCAAAAUCAAGAAAAGGAAGGUAUUCUAUACCCGAUGCUCCGAAAAUUGCUAGACAUGCCAACAAAUUAGACACAGGAAAGCCAAACUGCCCUAAGAUCUUCCACAGUACUCUUGACCUCCGCAAUGAUGAGAUGGAAGGCAUUAAAGGAACAAAGUCCAAAAAAAAGAGGUAUGCCUUACCUAAUGCUCCAGUGAUCUGUAGGGAACAGAUUUCUCCUGCAGUAGACAACCUCCACCUUAGUGGCCAAGGCAGAACUGACCUUCGUCCACGCGAUCAUAGCAGUCCUGAUGUUAGCCCACAUGGCCAAAGCAGUCCUCACCUUCGUCCACAUGGCCAAAGCAGUCCUCACCUUCGUCCACAUGGCCAAAAGAGUCCCAAUCUUCUCCCAAGUUGCUACAGUCCUGACUUGUAUGCAGAUUGCCACAGCACUCCUGAGAUCCACUCAAGUCAGCAGACCAGCAUUGCUAUGUUAUCCUCAGGCUGGAAUGUUCUCUCCGAAAGUUGCACAUCAAGUAAAUCAAGCACUGAGACCCUUUUAAGCCAGGCCAAGGUUGAGGUCAGAAGACCAGCCCAUAAAAGUGAAGAGAUCCAUAAAAAAAGGCACUCCGAACCUUCAAGGCUCCCUCAGCCACACCAGACCACGGACAUCGAGCAAACAUCCAGUCACCAAAUUUUUCUUCUUCGUAAUAUAUUAACAAAACAGGAGAUGCUUAUGGACCAAAUGCGAAUUAUCAUGAAGACCCUCCAGUGUAUGCAAUCAAGUCAGGAGACAGAGAUAGGCCUAGAUCGAAAUUUGUUGCCUCUCAAAGAUCUCACUUCUCUACAGAGCAUGGAGGGGAACCUGCGGAGUACUCCUGACCUCCAUAAGCAAUUGGUAAACACACUGGCUCUUAAAGGUGGGGUGGACGUGCAGGAGUCUGUUUGGAGAAUCAUGCAUGGUCUGUUUACCAACUCCUUGGCGAGGAAAGUUAACAUGAGAGGAUUGAAUGGAAAGAUUAGCUUCCUACGCCUACAGAUACGAGAUGUUGUGAUUGCGGCUGUGAGACGUAACCGCCUAACAUCCGAUGCCACAGAGAAAGACAUUGAUUCCACCGUUAAAAGAUGGUUGUAUCUGGCCCCAGACAGAGAUGGUGGACGGAAAGAAAGGAUGAAGAGCAAAGUGCAUAAGGACAAUAUGACUGGUUAACAGGCUUUAGGCUUGGAUGUUCAAAAGCUCUGUCCAGAGUUCAACUUGUUCAGUGACAGAAUCAUGACUGUUUCAGAGUCAUUUGAAGAGUUCUACUUGUUCCUAGCCAUAAACGUGGACGU